UGGCUGGUUGAGUUUGGCCGAGGGUCGGAUCCGGGUGUCGGUGGCGCCGCGCUCCGUCUCCCCCCCCUCCCCCUCCCCUCCCCGCCCAGCGUGCGGUGUUGCUCUUUGUCAUCGGAGCCGGUGGAGCGGAGAGCGGCGGGCCCGGUCGCAGGCAUGACAUCGCAAAUCGACAGCGAAGUUCGUGCAGAGCCAGCCUCCGGAGCGGCGGCGAUGUCAGAGCCACCAAAGAAGAGACAAAGAACUGUGGAGGAUUUCAACCAGUUCUGUACCUUCGUGUUGGCUUAUGCAGGCUACAUCCCCUAUCCCAAGGAGCACGACCCUUGGGCGCACGCAAGUCUGAGUCCCCGAAACAGUACUGGCAGCACGUUGGACAGCGACAGCUGGGAAUCCUCAAGGUCCUCUGACUCACACAUCCUGCACUGUGGCAAGAAGAUAAAAUGCACAGGGGUUAAAGAGGGGGCAAAGCGGGGGAGAUCGGACAGCUUUUUACAGGAUCGGCCCAGUUUCGCCAGCGCCCUGUUCAGUAGCCCUGAGAAAACCAAGUGUGACAAGACCAAGAAGAAGAAGAUCUCCUUGAAAAAGGUUAGCCUGGAUGGCACACGGAGGAGGAAAGUUCUUGAAAGCGGGAAGAAAACCAGUUCGGACACUGUCAGGAAGGUGAUAGAAACAUCCCGGCCAGCGGGCCCACUCCCCCAGCCCGUCGAGAUCCACCAGUCCAUUGAGAAGGCACCGCAGAGUGAAACGGAGUCCGACGAGGAAAUGCUCAAAAUUGCACCGGAGGAAGAGGUCUGCAAACCCGUCGUGACGCCGGAGGAGCCUGAGAAAGAGCCAGCAGAUCCCGGGAGACCCUCAGUGAGUGAGCAACUGAAGGAGGCUCAGGAGACCCAAGAGAAUGAGGAUGGGCCAGAUGGAAAGAGAGAGGUGGGAGAUCAGAAAGAGGUGAAGGAGGAGGUCGAGGAGCAGGAGGAGGAGAAACACAGCAAAGAGCUAGAGACUGGAGCAGCGGAUGGGACUUCAGCCAGUCCGGGUGCUCCUGACGCCGCUCCCGCAGAAAGCCUUAAGAUUGAAGACGACUCCUGGGACCUGAUCACGUGCUUCUGUAUGAAGCCGUUCGCAGGCCGGCCGAUGAUUGAGUGUAACGAAUGCGCGACGUGGAUCCAUCUCUCUUGCGCCAAGAUCAGGAAGUCCAACGUCCCCGAGGUCUUCAUCUGCCAGAAGUGCAAGGACUCUAAGCAGGAUAUCAGGAGAUCAAACCGGGCUCGGACCGGCCCCAAGAAACGGUUCAGCGAAUAGCCUGGCUGUGUGGCCAGUCUUGCAGACAAUCAGGAACACUGGGAGCUGAGGAACACUUGGUUCUCGUCCUAUGUUGAAGAUAUGCCUUUCCGAAGAGGCAGAAUGGUGCAGGGGUCACCAUGCGAUGAAUGUGUAAAUAUUCCGAGCCCUGGGAACUCCGUUCAGUCCCACUAUUCCAUCACUUUCGGCGCCUUGGAUGGAGUGUGCGGCUUGCAGGGUGGACCAAGACGGUGACGUCUUCAUACUCUUGUAUUUAACUCGGAUCUGUGGCUUCACUGACUUAACGAAGCAGGACUUCUAUGUAAAGAGUUGCCACAGAUUACUUGUUAGUGUGUUUUAUAUGCCCAUUGACAAUGGAAGUGCUUGAGAUGCUGGGUUGAUUGUGGGUUGGGGUGGGGUUGAUGGUGAGGGGACAGAGUUGGUGACAAGAGACAGGGGGAGACUUGUUCAUCCCUCUGUGUGGUGUAUAUGUUGACUGAGGGUCCACAGCAGUCUGGACUUCUCCUUUGUCCCGGUUACAGUCCCCUGCCCACUGAGUGCCUGGGUUUCCUUGUUCCACACCACAUUUAACUUUGGAAGUUGGGAAGCUCCACGUUCUUCCUCUCUGCACCCACCAUUCUCCUGUUCUUCAAACCAAGUGCAAUUAUAGCUGGAGAUCCUCUUGCUUCUGGGCCAUGAUUUGUGUCACCACGUGUGUGUCCUCAUUCCAACGUGUGUAAUUUGCCGAAGGCACUGGGCAGGGAGGUGUGGGUCAGUCAGAGAUGCACCUUGCCUAGGGCCAUGGCUCCCACCUUCCCUGUUCCUCUGUACGUGCCCUGAGUGAGGCGUUGGAGGCUCUCGAAUACUAAGCGAUCCGCCGUGGUGUGGUUGGGGGCCGGCAGAGUUGCUGCCGGGAAACCAUAACACGAAGACGCUGGCCGAUCUGGUGGUGUGGCCAGGGCACUAUCCAGCUGUCCACUGCCUUAAUUCAAUCUUUGGCCAAGCAAAAACAUACACGGCUAGUGUGGCUCCUAUACCGUCUCUCUCCCUGCUCCUGUCCCUGGAAGUGCUGGCUGGUGCUCCAUUUGCAAGGAAACCGGACCGCUGUCAGGCGGGACAGGGAGCGAUUGGGCUGUUGUAAGCACUGCCACCUCGGAUCUGGUCCAACACACGACUGGCUGCCCUUCUCCUCUUGAGCUGCUGCCAGUCAGCGGAGAUUUCACCUGCCAAAGGCAGGAACUUCAGGUAUGAAGCAACUUGCUCUGAGCAUUUUAAGCAUAUUUAACUGAAACUGCUCUGCGCCCGAGUAUCAUGUUAGUUGGCGGAGUUGGUAGCACAAGUCCACUGCUGGAACUUCACCUGCUCGAGCUGAACCAAUCCGGUUUCCGUUGUACGUGCACUUUCCAGUCCAAUGCUGUGGGGCUUCUGAUAGUUCUCGGAGAGAAGGGAGUGCUGUUGAUUUCCCUUGGCCCCACACACACACACACACUCACACUCACAACUCGGCAGGUCGGAAAUGAUGGUGUUGAUGUUCAGGCCGAGACCGUUCAUUGGGACUGGAAAGGAAGGGGGGAGAUGCCAGAAUAAGGAACUGAGGGGAGUGGGAGGAGGACAAGCUAGAAGGUGACAGGUGAAUCCGGGUGGGUGGGAGGGGGGAUGAAGUAAGAAGCUGGGAGGUGAUAGAUGAAGGGCUGGAGAAGGGAUCUGAUGAGACAGGAGGGUAGACUAUGGGAGAAAUGGAAGCAGGAGGGGCACUGGGGGAGAUGAUAGGCAGGUGAGGAAAAGAGGGUGUGGAAUUGAAGGGGGGGGGGACUGGAAAUUGGAGAAAUUGAUGUUCAUUCUAUCAGGUUAGAGGCUACCUAGACAGACGACGAGGUGUUGCUCCUCCAACUUGAGAGUGGCCUUGUGUGGCAGUAGAGAAGGCUGUGGAUUGACAUGGUGGAAUGGGCAUAGAAUUUAAAUUGGCUGGCAUCCCCCUUCCUUUUCAGUCCUGAUGAAGGGUCUCGGCCUGACAUAUUGACCGUUCAUUUCUGUGGACGCUGCCUGGCCUGCUGAGUUCCUCCGGCAUUUUGUGUGUGUUGCUCUGGAUUUCCAGCAUCUGCAGAAUCUCUUGUGUUAUUCAUUUUCCUUGGGCAGGGUUUUAAAACACAGCGAUGGAGUUCCUGUUUUGGAGGGGCUUAUGUUUGUGGCUGAGGUCCCAGUGGACGGACAGUCCCUCGAGGCUCGGGCGACAAUGCCCUGGAUUACUGGUGGACGUCAGCACAGGCAACAGCUCGGCUGCCUCUGCAGUUGAAUAGCCAGCUGAUGGUGCCUGGGGGAAGGUGGGAGUGCGCCCAGUGAUUGCAGCCCCUCAAUGCAAUACUGAGCAGGCCGGGGGAGUGGUGGUGUCGGGGUUCCUGGUAAAUGAUCAGUCCACAAGGGCUCUCUCUGCACAUACCUGCCCCUGUGAAGCAGCCCAGGGAGCUUCGAGCUGGUAACACCUGGGUCAGUGUUUAACCUUGUAUAUAGCUUUGAAAUUCUGUACAUAGUGUUCUGGAAAGGAAUAGAAGGUAUUAUGGGGUACAAGUGAAGUUUGGGGAUUGUGGUUUCAAUUUGCACUGAAUCUCACCACGAGACCUGCGGGGGGUGGGGGGGGGCAGGACCAGGCUGGGGAGGGCCCAGGGCUCGGCCAUCUGCGUUCCAUUGUACAAAUGUAAAAUACACGAGGCCUCUAACUGUAAAGCGCAGGCUGUUUAAGAUGUUGUCAGUUUAUUCUGCAAGGCCUGUUUCUGUGGAAAUAAUUUGUAUUUCAGUAAGGCUUGGAUGAUGGAUAUGAGAGAGGUGGAAAGGGGGGGCAAUUUUUAAACUCUCCAUUCCAACAUUCCCUCACCUCAUUCCUUUUCACCUUUCUCCCCCCCACCCCCAUCACCAUGGUUACUGGUUUUUCUACUCUUGGGAUGUAAAAUAAAUAUAUAU